AUGUCAGCUGUGAGGGAAGCGGCAGCCUCUGGGGAGGCAGAGACGGAGGCCAGAUAUUUGACGAAUUCCACUGUCACAGUCCGAACAGCGAUAAGCUGGGGCCACAGGGAGGCUCGCCGUUUGCAGGCCGCAGCGCUGCCCUGCCCGUCACCCUCACGGCUCUUCGAUGGCAUCCAUCGAAACGAGGCGUCCGUCCACGCGGCACUGAACCACCCGAGACAGCUCGAGGAGUGCCUGAGGCCCACCCACUUGUUGCCGUCCGAGAUUGCCAACCGUCUCGACCCCGACGGCGACCGGCGACCGCUGCACUGGGCGUCUGCACGCGGCCACGCCAGCUGUGUCAGGCUGCUGCUGCAGGCGGGCGCAGACCCAGAGGCCGUCGAUGCAAACGGGCGGACCGCGAUGGCGCUGGGCCUCGAGCAUGAGGAGUGUGCCGCGCUGCUCAUAUCGUGGGCGUCGGGAAGCAGAGAGUGA